GGCACUUCCGUCAUUUAAUAUGUUCACCCCUUAAUGCCUAGGGUUUCGCCACAGGUCCAAAUAAAGCGGCCAAACCUUCUCAUUUGCUCCGCCCAUCAAACCCUAGCAGACCCACACCUACGCGCACCCUCUCUUUGUUUCCAGAGAUGGCGAAGUCGAAGAACCACACGGCUCACAACCAGUCUUACAAGGCGCACAAGAACGGCAUCAAGAAGCCCCGCAGGCACCGCCGCAUCUCCACCAAAGGGAUGGAUCCGAAGUUCCUGAGGAACCAGAGGUAUGCUAGGAAGCAUAACAACAAGAGCGCUGAGUCUGCCAGCGAGCAAGAGUAGAAGAGUUGACCGCAGCAUUUUGUUUGAGAUCUAUGGUUUCCUUAAUCUUUACUUUGAUGUUUAGUAGUAUAGUAGUUUGAUGGAACUGUAAUGGGUUUUGUUUCGAUUCCUAGUGGGAGCAGCACACUCAAGCCUUGUUACUGAUGUUUGUUAAGGAUGCUUAAAAGUUCUGAAAUUAUUACUUUUAUCAUUAUUGAGCAUUUGUUUGGAGCC